UAAGUGUUUUCCGCUGAUGUGUGCAUCAGUGAACGGGAGAAAAAGCAUAUAUAUUUAGAGGGAUGAUGUCAGCGUGGAGGGACAAGGUUCUUGGUACCUGCUGUAACGCACCAGACGGUAUCUCAACACAACAGUUCUUUGCACGAACCAUCAUGGAAGCUGCCAUCUCCACCCUCGUCACCCAGUUCAAGACGUAUGCUGGGAAAGAUGGAUCCGCCAGCACCCUGAGCAAAGACGAAUUCCACAACCUGGUGACUUCUCAGCUCCCCAACUAUGUCAAGAACUCCGGCGAUGCUGCGGCGAUUGACCAGCUCAUGGGCUCGCUGGAUGAAAACAACGACGGGGAACUGACUUUCUCGGAGUUCUGGCAGCUGAUUGGAAAACUGGCGAGCAAACAGGGUGGCUUCAGUCAGUAGAGCUUGCCGUCCUAUGUCAGCGGUGGCUUUGAGCAGAUUGCGCAAUACCAAUCAACUCAAUUUAAGCUUUCCAACUGUAAACUCAAAGGCAUUUGAAUUCUUUUAUCACUCCACCAGUGCGACAUGUGUAACUGUUUAGUUAACCAUUUGUUGAAUGCAGGGAACUUUGAAUUAAAGGCUUCUUUGUCCUGAACCCUCAGCCACCAACA